AUGACCCAAUUGGCCAUCAUGAAUGUACCGCCGGGUAAUCGGCACCCUCAUCAAGCUAAGCGACCGCAGCGUUUCCAAAGUCCGCCGCCGCCGCCGCCACCCUCACAGCCCAACGGAACCCUGCGCUGCUCGCACGGCACUGGCUCGGACCCACCGCCUCCUUCUAUGAACGGCUUCAUCUACGAUCCCGAGACUCGUCUUCCCUUGCGUGCACCUCCUGGUUUUCCUUUCCCACUCAUGUUCAAUCCCCAAGAUACAGGCGCUGCUAUGAGGUUGGCGAACUAUCCGAUGCACCUUGAUCCAACGCCCCCUAUCCCGAGCUUGAUUGACGUCACUCCGACCGCCGUCGCUGCGUCGGAACUGUGCGCACAGGGGGGAAUCGACUAUCGUUGCCCUGAGCAUGAGCUGGCUCAGACGGAUUCAUUAUGUGCUUCCACGGCGAUGACGAUUUCAGCUCCUGCACCUCUCGUGGCAUCACGUCCUGCCGAAUCGACCCGCUUCGAUUUCACCGUCGACCCUCCUCGCGCGUGCAUGGUCGAGCACUGCAUUCAUCCGACCUUUUGCGAACUCGCCCCUUGUGGUUGCAAGAUCUGUCGUGAGCACUUGGGGAGCAUCAUUCGCUCUUCGAGGUUCGUGGGCACGGACGAGCAAGGGCGUCGUACCAAGAUUUUCAAGUGCCUGGCCUGUCAGACCGACUCGUUCACCAUCGGUGCGAUGGGCCAGAAUGGAGAACAAGGCGACGAGAUCGAACAUGGUCAACAACAAUCGCGGAUCCAACACGAGGAUUCAAGUUCAAUGUUCUCGAUCCACUACACGCUUCCGACGCACUCGGUCCCGAUGACGAUGGCCAAGCCGUUCCCCCCUCCCCCCUUCGGUUUCCCCGUCGACCCCUCGUGGUUGCCCAUCCCGCUGCCUCAGAUCCCAUCGUUUUCACCCGAGAUGAAUCAGGGAUACGAUGCGACUUUGAGUGGCAACAGCGUCAAUGGAACGAUUUCUGGUGGAUACGGUGAGGUAGCAGCUGGACCCCAACAACAGCAGCAGCAACAUAACACCCCACCUCCGCCUCCGCCUGGCUUUCCGUUCCCGAUCGUGCCGCACGGGCUCGUCUUUCCAGGUGCGCAAACCACGCAGAGUUUCUCUCCACCGAUGCCGCCUCCCUACAUACUCUCAGCUUUCGGAGCCCCACCUUCUUACUCGAUGCCGCCACCGACCAUGAUGCCGAUGAUCCCAUUCGACCCAACGAGUGCUCACUACGCCAGUACCGGCGGCGACGGUCCCCGCUCAAAGCCCUUCAAUCGGUCGUUCCAAGGUGCAGGCGAGGCUCCGACUUCGCGCUUUCGCUCCGGAGGAUCGCGCAAAGGCUUUUUUCGUCACGGUCGUGCGUCUUCCUUGCCUCAGAGUUCACUAUCGCCGAUCCCGGGUGAUCGUUCAAAUUCGGGUGCACCGGGAGGACAUCAAGUCGGGUUCGAAGGGGAAAACAAGAUGGUGCCUUCGCCUUUGUUGAUGACAUCCAUCCGACCAAUGCCUCGCGGGAGCUACGGUGGCCACCUCGCCUUUUCACGACGAAGCAUCGACGAAUCGGCGCUGAGGAGGAACGGAGCGACCUCGACGACGGAGGGCGCGCGUUCGACUUCGGUCGAAGCGAGGAGCGCUUGGAGGGUCCAUAAACCGGCUUUCCCGAUCAUCAAAAUCGAGAACCUUCCUUUCGCGACGACGGUCAGGGACGUCGAAAAUUGGUUGCCUGAGGGGACGAUCGCGCCGAAGGAUGAUCCGAAACUGCUUUUGGCGGUGCAUUUGAUUUUGCAUCGGUGAGUCGAAGCUCAGUCAUAGGAUGUUAUCCUGAUCCUCAAUCGCUGAUCACUGCUAUAUUUUAUCUCAGUGAAACUGGUCGCACGCUUCCCCACGCCUACGUCGAGAUGAAAAACAUCCAGAUCGCCAACGAAGUCAUGACCCAGAUGGAUCGCAAGUUGCUCGGCGACCGCACCGUUCGUGUCAAAUGGGAACGUCGUGGCGAACUGAUGCGCGACCUCUUCUCGCAAGAAGGUUACUUCGUGACACCUGCUUCCUCACCCGCUGCCUCUGCGUUACCACCUGUUCCUUCGCAUUACAUUCUGCCGCAGACGAUCUUGACGAGGAAGGAUGUAGAAAAGUUGGUGCGUCAUGCCGAGGAUGAGAGGGAGUCGAGGGAACGCCCGUUAGAAAGGGCGUUUUUGAACGUCGUCACAAUCCUUGCCAAGGUAGGCUUCGCACGGUUCACACCUAUCAGCGGCGACGCAAUCUGAUAGCGAUUGACCGACGAACUACAGUUCCCGUGGGCCGAGCUUGAUCUGUACACCCAGCAGCAGCGCGACGCGAUAUUCGACUGCGCGUACGACGUCACCGUCCUCGCUGCGAGGAAGGCGCAUGUCGAUCCGGACAAAUUCGCCUCGAUUUACAAAUUGCUCGUGAGUGAAGUAGUUUUCGGCGACGCGACUCACAAUAUUUUACUCUACGAGGUCUGUGAUCUGACCACAUUACCUUCUUCAUACUUUGCGACCACUUUGAAGAAACGCGCGAUUGUCGAGUGCUCGGGGUUUACCGUCGAGCAAAAGGAAGAAGUUCGGGCUCUUGAUGAUGAGAACCUACCACCGGAGGUAUGUGGUACUUUCGAUCUACUUCCUCUAUUUUGUUACCACAAGCUGAUUUUUCUCAUCUCUCUGCAUCGAUCGAGUAGGAAACGAGACGCACCCCUGUCCUCGCUCGACCUCCGUCGCCGACUUCGCACGUCAAGCCUCAGCGACGCGUGCUCGUCGGCCCUUCUCCUUCGUCGCCAAAGUAUCGAUCCGAGCAGCGUCAGAGGGCUGGAAAUAGUAAGGAUGAAAUGGGUGCUGCGAGUGGAGCUGGGGGAGGAUGGGUCUCCACUGAGGAGAACGGUAGGUCAAGCGGAUUGGCCAGAAGUCAACCUCUCGAAUCGAGACUGAUGUCGACCAGUCUUCCCGCACAAGCCGAUUCAUGGGCGACCAACAACCAGUCACUUCAUACACCGCCGCCUACCCCGCCAUUGGAGGGUAAGAUCGAGCAGAUGGAGCAGAAGAAGAGCAGUAUCGUUGGGUGGGCCAAAACGUUGCCCAAGGUCGAGCCCGCUCGUCAGGGGUCGCUGGCGACGCGAGCGCAGGAUGAGCCGAUGGGGAUUACGACUUGA